AUGAACGUUUCUAUCGUUGAGACUGAGUUGUGGCCGUGUCUGGUGAGACUGUUAAACGACAAUGACGCGCGAAUUCAUGCUGCUUCCCUGCGAACUGUUUCGUACAUCGCUGCGGCGCACAGAGGCAAGAGCGGCAAGUCCACUCUGUUUAAGGAUCUGGUACCAUCCGUAUUUUCAAGAGAAUGCAAAAGGAUAAGAAGUGACGCAGCCUUGGACCAACGCAAUGUGGACGAUGAUAAAGGACUAGUCCUUGAAAUUAGUUCUGAGAUUUUUGGAGAGUUGCUCUAUAGCUCCCAUGAGCAUUUCCUGGAUGACGCAGGAAGGCGAGAGGCCUACAAGGCAUUCAUGGCAAUGGCUACGAGCAAUGGCCCAGUCGUUCGUAAGUAUUGUGCUUAUAAUAUUCCCGCUGUCUCUUUGUGCCUCAGCGGAAAGUACGCAAUUGAACUCUCUGCGUUGGUGGAAUUUCUUGCCAGAGAUAGCGACGAUGAAACAAGGUGGAUGCUGGCAGCAGGCAUUCACCAAACUGUGAAGCUUUUAGCCCGAAACACAACGAUGACGAAGUUAUUUGAAGCGGUGCAUUCUCUUUUGAAAGAUUCAACGAGUAUUGUGAGAUUGAAAACCAUCGAACAUUUUCAAGAGCUCAUCGCAGAACUGUCCAAACACAGUGGAUACAGCUCGGCGCAAAAAUUGACGCCAUUGUUUGAGAAUCUUCAUUUGCUUGCGGACGGCAACUGGCGGACUCAAGAGCUUCUGGCGAAACAGCUAACUCUUGCUGUUCCUCUUGUCCCCCCACCGUCUUUAAAAAUGGAUGUUUUACCACUUCUGUACCGAAUGACGGAAGAGGGCUCCUAUCUGGUGCGAAAGGCAGCCAUGGCUGCUGUUGCUACCUGCAUUCGGUAUAUUCCCGACAUCACCACUCGUGAUACAGUGAUGGAAGAAUUUAGACAAGACUGGGGAAGGGCUUCUGUUUUCUGGAUGAGAGUAGCAUUUAUUGAUGCCGCAGUUGUUGCGGUUGGAAUAUACAGCCGGUGUCUGUUUCGGGACACAUUCGGAUUAGAGGUUCUUCGACUUUCUAACGACCUGGUUGCAAACGUUAGACUCCGCAUUGCAUUUCUUCUCCCAAGAAUAGCAUCGGCGUGCAUCCUUAUGGAGGGUUUUCAUCUAGCUUUGGAAAAUUUGAAAAAGGACGAAGAUCCAGAUGUCAGGAAUGCCCUUGUGAAUGUUGACUGCGAAAUAAGGCAGGCAAUGGAAAGAAGAAACGCAAUUUUUGAGGAAGAUAUGAAACUUGAAGAAGAAGAACAGGAACUCCAUUCCCAGCAUUUGCAGAGACAGCUAUCAUUCCAAAGAAAGAAAAAUGCUGAGAAACGACGACCUUCUGUCUUCCUCGGAAAGGCCGCCAAGGGUAUCCAAGCAAGCACCUCACGCGCCUUGGAACGCGAUCUCGAUGAAUCGGGAGAAGAUACACAACGGCCGGGACAACCAGGCAGAUCAUUCAAAAAAUCGGAGAGCUCACCACGAGGAAUGAAAAUGUGCGAUUCUCGCUCUCCAUCUUCCAGGCCGUCCGAGGCUACUGUAAAAUCAGAAAAGAAGAAGAACAGGCUAACACCUCGUAAAAUUGGGCCUGCAAGUUCGUUCGAAUCGGGUGCAGGAUUUAGCUUACGUCCUCCACGUUCUCCACGUUCUUCCAAUGAGAAUUAUUCUUCAAACGAGAAGGCAGGACAGAAGAAGUCUAAGGCUACAUCACCAAAGAAACUCGGGGCAUCAAUAUAUGGAGAGGGCGGUGGGAGGAUUGGGUCGCGGUCUUUCAAGGGACUUGUGCCACUACUAUCCCCUAGAGCAUCUUCAUUACCGAACAGAAAAAGCAAGUCGAGAACGUCGACGUCCUGA